CUGAGUUGACAAAGGCAACGGGUGAUGUUGGCAAGAGAGGCCAGGAGGUUGCACCAGAGCAUACCAAAAACGGACUGCCUAAACACUAAUUGUAUAUCUGCCAUAGCGAUUCUCCAGUAGAGAGCAAGCACAAAGGAACUGAAGAUGCCGUUCUUCAAAUCUGCCUCAAGCCUCCGCUCAGAUAGCAGUGAUGUUGACUUGGACGGCCUCGUCGAAGGCGAGUUGGCCAAGCUCCAGCGCCAGUUCCGUCUCUUAGAAGGCAACCGCCAUGCCUACGCCUUGGAAUCCCGCGAAACCAUCCGCAGACAGAUAGCGGAGGUGAAACGCCUGGAGAAGGAGAACGAAGACCUGCUGCGCAGACAAGCGGUGGCCGAGGGCCGCGCCAACCUGAGGCAGGAAAAGCUCAGGGGCGACACACUCCGCUCCUUGCUGGGGCAGCGGGACGAAGUGAAGGAGCAGAUCGUCCAGGAGAAAGAGCGGAUAGCCCAGCUCGAUAAAGAGAUCCAGACCUGGCAGAAACGUCUGGCCAACCGGAGACAGGUGACGGGCAGCGAGACCCUGAUCCAGGAACAGAAUGUCCACUUGUUGAGGAGGAUACAGACUGUCGAGAACCAGCUAGAUAAGGCCUCCUCAGAAUUCAAUUCUCAGCUCGUCGUCAAUUCACAGCUACGUGAGGAUCUUGAAAUUCUCCAGGUUGGACAUGAUCGCUUUGAACAGAUUUACAAGAACCUGGAGAAGGAGCUGCUGGACACCCGCAAAGCUGUAGGAGCCGUUAUCAGCACAUCCUCCGCAGCCUACGAUGCAAGGGAUGAGGCCCAGACCCGCCUGAGCCAGCUGAGGGACAAGGCAGAGAAGGAUGUACGACAGUACGAAUCCGAGACGAAAGAGCUGGACCGGAUUCUAGAGAAUGACCGCCGUAUGACAGAGUUCAUCGCCAUCAAGCUGCAGGAGAGGACGCUCACCGAGGAGGCGUUGCAGGCCAAGAAAAAGAAAGAGGAAGAGCGCAAAAGGAAAGACCCUGAGGAGGAGCUGAUUGAAUCGUACAGCUGCGCCUUGAAUAAAAUCCUGGAGCAAACCGGCUCAGCAGACCUGGAUGUCUCAUUGGAGAAAUACGUUAAAGAUGAGGAAUGGAACUUUGCUCAAUUCAACUAUGUGAAUGAGCAAAACAGUCAGAAGGAGCUGCUAUGGGACCAAAUCAUUGAGCUGCGCCGUGAGAUAGAGGAGGCUCAAAAGCAGGACAGCCAGAAGGAGGCGGAGCAGUUGUCGCAGCUACAGGAGGCCGAAGCGCAGGAUGAGGCUGCUGUGCAAGAGGCGAACCAGGCGGAGCUGACACUGAAGGGCCUCUGCAAAAUUUGGGAGCAGCUCAAAAACGCCAUCGAGUCCCUCUUUUGGAAACUACAGUGCGACCACUCAGUGCUGGAAAAAGUGCUGGGAGGAACGACAACAGCCCGGGAUGAGAACGUUGCCGUCUACCUGGGCUUGAUUGAGCAAAAGACGAACGAACUAUUGGUCAUGUAUUCCUACUCCAUUGCUGAGGAAAAAGACCAGCCCUACGACACUGUGGAGACAGCGCAGCUGCUCCUAGGGCAGACACCUGAGGUUCGGCCACUUCCGGUCAACCUCCGGCCGCCCACUACUGGACCUGGCCACGAGCCAAUAACAGAAGAAGACCAGAGACCCUUAACUCAUGAAGAGCUCAAAGAAAAAAUAAUGAAUGAUGUCCUAAGCAAGGCGGCAGCUCUUUCCCUAAAGAAAAACACCCCGACUGAUGUGGUGGCUGGGCGUUCCGGGUCAAACGCGAACAAGAAACAAGUUCCGGCCUCUUGACUUGAGCAGGAAUAUAUUCGCAGUCUGGCAAAAGGCAGAAGCCAGGAUGUCACUGGCAGGGUUGCCGUACGGUAUGGUCCCUGCAUCGCUGCUCUUGACACUGGUGCCCUCUGCAGCUUUGCUCACGUUGGGGGUGACUGGCAUGCCUGGACUUACCCUCCGCCCUGCAGGAACGUUGCUGCCCUGUCAUUCCUAGAAGAUCUCUCUCCUCCUGGGGAAUUGUCCCUCUUUUUGGCUGCUCACUCAAUCAAGACAGACGUACUGUGUCAAUGACGCAUAACACAGAAGCCCAAAUCUUAACAAAGCUCUUCGCUCCUUUCCUGCCUAUUUGCAUAAAUUCCUUGAUUUGACUCCAGAUCCUCUUGCAGAGAGAGAAUGCCUCUUUAAAAGAAACUUUGCCUAUAGUCAUGGUAUGUCUGGCUGCAACUUCUUGUAUAAAGGAAACUGUCCCAUGGUUCUCCGGUUUAGUGAACUGGUACUUCUGGAAGCUUUCUGGGCAAAAACGCCCAGCUCUAAAUGCCUUAAAAAAGCCUGCCGUUGUACUUGAAACAGAUGCCUGAAUUACCCUCUGACCCACUAGCAGCCAUCUUGUGCCAGAAAACCGGCAUGUUCGCUCCCCUGUGCUAUGAUAUUUGCUGGUGUCUUCAGAAUAGGAAACUCACAUUAGCUCUCAGACAGAGCAGAUGAGGCCCGAAAGGGGGCACACAGCAUAUUUUCUGAUGUGCGAGUGUGUGAGGGAAUUGGGCGUGUUUUAAAACACUUGGCCACUCUUUUUAACUGACUUUUUUUUUAUAUAAAACCAAACGACCGGCAUGUUCCUCAAGAAAGAGUGUGGUUUUGACCACGUGGGCAUCUAAUAUGAGGCUUCGUCGGUUCUGCUCGGAGCUCCUGUUAACAGUUCCAGCUGUAGGCCUCGUGACUGGUGUACGCGAGAGUUUUGAAGACGACGCGUGAAAAUGUACAUGGAAUCUGUACUCUCCGUGGUGCAUGCAUGGGGGGCACUUUUCCCACUGUGGUUUUUAUCCUGUUCUCUUUUAGCUCUGAUUUUAGCAUGAUUCCCCUCCCAAAUCCUCAAUUAUUUCAUCAGAGAUGAUACCCCUUUCAUCGCCUCCUUGCCCAGAACCUCCUCUGUAGUGUCCCUAUUUCAUCCUUCCCUGACCUGGUGUCCUCCAGAUGGCUGGGAAUGAUGGAUGUUGUAGUCCAACACAUCUGGAGGACACUAGGUUGGGGAAGGUUGCACUGUUUUAUUCUUCCUACGAUGUCCCAGGGAAGAAUCUUGGGGAAUACGUUCUUCUCCUGAAGAACAAUCAUCAUGGUUUUUUUUAAAAAAGAUCUCGAUAGUUUCACUGAAGGAAAAUGGAUGCGUCUCCCAAUUCCACCAUUCCCGUGGGCAUGGAAACGUGUGCGUGGGAGGGGUACAGAUGGGGCGGCCUGGUGCCAGUUGAGGCGACACAUGCACAGUCCCCGCGACAGGUGAAAAAGGCUAUUGCGUUGUUUUUUUAUUAUCAGUGUAAAUUGGAAACUUGAUUAUUAAA